AAUAUGACCGAUUUGAUAGUAAAUAUGUCAGCUGGAGUUUCAAACGAAGAAAUUUGUAAUUUUGCUUACGACGGACAACAAGCUUUGCUGCAAUACAGAAUAUCACAGAAGCCACAGUUUGUCAAUAUUAAGGACCAGACAGAAAGAACGCCACUACACUGGGCAACGUCUGCUGGGAAGCGAGACAUUGCUGAUUUCCUGUUGGACAAUGGAGCUGAUGUGAAUGCAAAGGAUGACAGUGAUUGGUCAGCUCUUCACAUUGCUUCGUCCAAUGGGAAUGAAGAGAUCGCUUUUGCACUGAUGUCAAGAGGUGCUGCGAUAAAUGCAAGAAACUCAACAGGACAGACUCCUUUGCAUUAUGCUGCAUCGAGAGAUCGAUACAAAAUUGCAGAGGGUUUACUCGCCCGCGGAGCUGAAACAGACGUAGCGGAUCAUCUCCACGCAACACCGUUACAUCGAGCUGCUUCGCGGGGGAACACUAAGAUGGUGAAGCUACUACUUGCAUACAACACAAAUUACAAUUGUACAGAUUCAGAGGGUAACACUGCUCUACAUUUAGCUUGCGAAGAGGAUCGUGUCGACAUAGCACAAACACUCAUCUCAGCUGGCGCUGAUACUACAAUUCGUAAUAAAAAUGAUAAAACGCCAAUAAGCCUGGCAUCAGACACGACACGCGGUAUACUCAGGCGUGUAAGAGAAGCGUGAAUAAAUACUAUGCGUGUACCCUUUAAUUCCGGUAGUCCUAAUCGACUUUUGAUACUUCCUAAAUUGGUCAUUUUUUCUCAUUAAAAUACGCUAGAAACGCAACUUAUGUACCGUUGGAAAGGAUUAGUUAGUCUCUUUUUCAUUAGGGAGAAAAAGAUAACUGGCUUUCUUAGUUGUGUCUCAUGGGUCUGUCAAUAAAUACGCCAGGGUGGUCCAAACCCAGGUCUGCGGGCCACAUGUGGCCCGCUGCUUCAUUAUCUGUGACCCGGGUCUCUUCUGGAGAGGAAUCAAAAAUUCGUGUGUUUCGUCAUAA